GUUUACCGGCGUUUGUCAGCUCUGUAGCAGCGGCAGAGUCUCAUGAGCACCGUGCGGACGUGUUGAACGGAGGUUUAGCGGACAUCUUUGAGAGUUUAUUCGGGUCAAAAUGUUGAGUUUGAGCGGAUUGUCGGUGGCUCUCGCGCUCACCCUCGUGCCUGGAUCCACUGAAGCCCUGAAGGAAGGAGAAUGUGAAGUGUGCGUCAGCUUCCUGGGGAAGUUUUAUCAGACUCUGAAGGACAGCAACACAAACUUCAACAACGCAGACAUCGAGACGGCGCUGCUGAAGAGCUGCAGCGCCGCCAGAGGAAAAGAUAACCGCUUCUGUUAUUACAUCGGAGCAACGAGCGACGCAGCCACAAAGAUCGUGAACGAGGUGUCCAAACCGCUCAGCCACCACGUCCCGGUGGAGAAGAUCUGCGAGAAACUCAAGAAGAAGGACGGUCAGAUCUGUGAGCUGAGAUACGACAAACAGCUGGACCUGACCACAGUGGACCUGAAGAAACUGAAAGUGAAGGACCUGAAGAAGAUUCUGGAGGAGUGGGGCGAGUCGUGCAAAGGCUGCGCCGAAAAGUCCGACUUCAUCCGCAAAAUCACGGAACUCAUGCCCAAGUACGCUCCUGCAGCUGCCAAGGCACGGACAGAUCUGUAACGUGAUGACGUAAACAAAAUAAACUUUGGAUUGGACUUUAAACGGGCUUGGAUCCUGUGAGGAGGAGGAGGAUGCUGAGGAGGGAUGAUGAUGAUGACGAGGCGGCUGAGGAGUUUAGUCACGUUCGUCUCGGUCUGCUCAAUCGGACCUGUAGGUUCUGGUCUUUAUACUGUACUUGUAAGUAAAGUGGGAGGAAGCCGCCAGCUGCUGCUUCCUGCUACACAUUUCACAAUAAAUGUCCAAAUCACCCCACUGCAGAGAGGGUCGCUGAGCAGAACCCCCAUCGUUGAUCUGCAGGUCACUUUCACCAUCAAAAUAAGUUUAUUUUUAUUUGCUGAGUUUGGCGCUGCAGCGUCUGUUCAGGACGCGGGUCCAUCAGAACCGGCUGCUCGGGGCUCCGUUUUUAUCUCCGUUUGUGUUUUUGGUUUCCUG